AUGUCCUUUUACAUGAAUAUUGGAACCAGGCUCCCUUACCUAGGGUACACUUGGCCCACAUUUAUACCGGGGCCUGCAGGACCUGUUGCCCGUAGGAUUAUACCAAUAUCCACAUCGAAACGUUCUUUCAGAUUUACUUCUCCUCACUCCUCUAAUCCCCUUAAUGCAAAGGGUCUUGGUGAAGCGGAUAAUUCUCCAUUCACAAUUACAUUAGCUCCCAAGCUUUUCAACCUUACCGUCCACACGUACGGCAAACUUUUAAAGCUCUCAGCAUCACGUUUGGUGGGUCAUAUUCCCCUGCAGGAAGAAUACUUAGCAACUUCUAGCUUAGCAUCAGUCUGGCAUGAUCGGUAUAUCCCACUACCAUACAUGAUCGGCAAUCCCACUAUAAAAACGGCGAGGAUCUCCCAUUACCACUUUCGUGGGGCUAGCUCCACACCUCCCAGGGCUAGGCCAGGUUGUACCAGGAUAAGCUUUCGUUGUGAUAUUAAAUCAACUUCAUCUGUACCAGAUUCUACGCAACCCAAUACCACAUUGGGAUUAAGCAACGAAUCCGGCCCUGGAAUCCAUUGUUCAUUCCAAACAGUUCGCAAGUGCGUCUGUCGACUAUAUCUUAAGCGGUCAGUAAAUCCAUGUCACCAUGGACAUCCUUUCAGAGCUCAAACUCAAAAGUCUCACCCAGGCGGUUUGGCUGCCGAUUUUCCAUUCUGUCUUUUAACAGAGACAUAUUAUUUAGACCGUCCCUCUCGUCAAGACGCUGCAUGA